CGGGCAACAGUGACAACCCUGACUGGCCUAUCUUUAACAAAUGAAUUUAAAUAAUUGAAUCAAUUAAUUGGACACAUUAUGAAUCAGUUCUGCCGCACAUGCGGCAAAACGAUUGUUGCAAAAAACAGCCUCCCGAUCUUCUCGCCUGAGGGUCGCCAGCUGCUGCACUGUGUACGAACCAUAGCCAGCAAUUGCUGGCUACAGAAUAUCCCUGAAUUCCCGAGCCAUAUGUGCACAGACUGCCAGAAGCUGCUCAAAAAAGUGUGUCGCUUCCGCAGGCGGUGUGCGAAAAUUGAAAAAUACCUCAACAAACGAAAGAACAAAUUGACGCUGGGCGAAGGUCCGGCUUCGUUGUCGCUACAACUACCCGCUCAGCAAGCGGCAGCCGCAGAUCCCUUGGGCAUAGACGCCAACGACAUUAAAGAGGAGGAUGAGCAGAAGGACAAUGAAGCCGAAAAGUAUCUGGAAAGCAGCUAUGAAGACGACCAGGACCAGGCCGACGAGUACUUACCGCUUCAAGCAGACUAUGGAGAAUUGAAGACUGAGGCAGUCCAAACGACUGCCAAAGACGACCCGGAAAGUACAGAGUCGCACAAACCAAAAGGCAAAAUCAAGACCAAUAAGCAAACAAUGCGCAUGGGUCGAAAACUCAUACACGUCAAGGUGAUUGAUGACGACAAUCCCAAACGAAUUGUGGAUCGUGAUAGCCAAAUCGCCAAGCCGUGUAUCUGUGAGCACUGUGGCCGCCAGUUUCGGGACACCAGCAAUCUGAAUGUUCACCUGUUGCGGCACACAGGCACCAAGCCGUUCGAGUGCGAGAUAUGCCAUCAAAAGUGCUACACACUGCAUCUGCUGCGACGCCAUCAGCUGAAGCAUACAGAGGGGCCCUAUGCCUGCACCUUUUGCGGACUGAAGUACAGCACAAACAGCUCUCGUGUCCGACACGAACGCGAGGCAUGCAAGAAAGGACGAGCACCGCAAUCCAAAUGGGAGAUUAUCAAGAAGGGCGAACGUACUUUCCACUGCGAAGUCUGUGAUCUUUGGUUCUUGAGGGCCGGCAACUUUACCCAACACAUUAAAUCCGCAAGUCACAUUGAAAACGAACGCCGAAAGAAGCGAAAAUGCAAAUCGGCACCGGAACAGUCAAGCAUAAAUACAUGAAAAACAAUAUAACAUGGGGAAGAACAGUGUUAUUUUAUUCAAUAUCAACGGUUACACUCUCAUGAACCUUUCUCAAAUUCUCCUGAUGCAUUUUCGUGUUCUCAUGGGUCUUUAAGUUUGUUUUAUACCGGAAAUGAACGUUACAAAGUUCACAGCUGCAACGAAAAGUAGA